CUUUCUGACGGAGAAAGACGCAGAGUAGAGAGAGAGGGUGUGUGACAGAUAUUGUACAAGUGCCGCAAAUAAGUAUUAAGCCCUCUUAUCCAAUCUGCAGCCCAUAGAAGGUUGAAGAUGCCAGAAACAGAGCUUACAAAGAAGAUGCUGCGUGCGGUGCUGCAGUCGAACAAAAAUGGGGUGUCCCUGUUGCGGCUGCAGUCAGAGUUCAAAUCCCUCACUGGGGAGUUCAUCCCACACAAGCAGCUGGGAUACCCAACGCUGGAGGCUUAUCUCCGCAGUAUACCUGCCGUGGUCAAGCUGGAGAUCACCAGGUCUGGUGAAGUGGUGUGCUUUGCAGCUGUUUGUCAUGAAACGGUCCACAUUGCGCAACUAGUGGCUCGUCAAAGAACCUCAAAGAGGAAAAGUGGUGGAUCCUUGGUGGUUAAUUGCCAGAUGAGGGUGAAGCGGGCGACUCCUUUUAUGCCAAAUGCAAAACCCAAGACAUCAUUAAGGCAGCCCGAAAAACUGGACCGUGGUAUGAGGCGGCAAACUCCACUGACCACAGGAAACAGAGGAGGCCAUGGAGCAUUUGGGCCAGCUCUAGGAAGACAACAGACAGAUACAAAAAUAACUCCCUCAUCUCAAGGAAGAACUCCUAAUAUGCUGUUACAUAAACCCCCUGCCAUGGGAGACAGAUCAGACAAGAGAUUGACUCUCCCAUCUAGACUUCAAAGGGAGUUCCAGGUUCACCUUUCCAGAAACCCCCAGCAAUCAAACGCUUCAGCUAACUUGAAUGAAAGCCAUAGUCCUGUGAGCCGUAGCACUCCUCCGUCCAACAGCUAUAAUGUUCAGUUGGUCCAGACUCGUCUGAAAGAGAUUCUGAGAAAAUUCAGCAAUGGGAUUUGGGUUUCCAAGCUGCCACAGCUGUAUAGAAAGUUGUACAAUCAGGAGCUGCCUACUGAUGCAAUGAAAGAGCUGGAACACUGGACCCAGAUUUGUACAGUGGAAAAACCCUGUACUAGUGGUCUUUCGGAGCUGCUUCUAUACCCAGCCAAGACCCACGCACAAACCAAAGCAGCUUUGAGCCAAGACAGAACAUUGCCUGUUUUUGAGAAGCCUUCUCCCACACAUACACUGCCUCCAGUAACCAGCAAACCAAGAGUGCCUCCAGACAUUAAACUAAAGGUGGCUGAGCUACUUGUAAAAUACAGCAGUGGUCUUUGGGCCAGUGCUCUACCCAAACUGUUUAAGGACGUUUACAAACUGAAGUUCCCAGAGUUUCUCCUAGAUGACCUAUCGCUGCUGAGCGAUGUUUGCACAGCAGAUUACCCCAUGCCGGACAACACCAAGAAGGCUAUCCUUUAUGCCAAGGUGGCUGAGGAUGAGAACCAGAACCAGGUGAAACUCGAGGUUACUGAAACUGCACUUCAGAGGCUCAGCAAUUUGACUGUGCCACCACUGGUCAUCCCAAAUGAAGAAUAUCCUUCUGUGCUAGUAAUGGAAUCCAGCAGUACCAAUGAAGUCCUACUUAGGUACAUUGGGGAGGGUUACUCGCAAUCUCAAGAAGCACUUGAGGAUGGCAUGAGAGAAUUUUACAGCCAGCAUAAUGAAAAAAUGGUCCUGCACACUCUGGCUCCUGGGCAGCUGGUAGCAGCUCGAGCAGAAGAGGAGGAUGAAUUUUUACGAGCCAAGAUUUGUGAAGUAACGGGAGACAGGGUGAAGGUCUACUAUGUGGAUCAUGGAUUUUUUGAGGUUCUCAGCAAAAGCAAGCUCCGUGAACUUGAUGACCAGUUUUAUAUGUUGCCCUUUCAAGCUUCAAAAUGCAAAUUGGCAGGGCUUGAACCAUUCAGUGAGGAGCCUGCAGUAAUGAAAGUCUUUGAGUCCCUAGCCUGUGGAAAGAUAUUAUUGGCCGAAAUUUUAGAGAGACAUGAGGUGCCUCUUGUUGUCCUGUAUGACACGUCCCAAGAUGAUGAUGUUAACAUUAAUGCAGCCUGCCUGAAGGCUUUGCAGGACAAAACUCUGGAAAACAGUCUGAAGGCCAAUAGUGUAUAUACAAACAUCAGUGUGACGAACGUUUGUUCGGAUGGAACCAUUUACUGCCAGUUGCUUUCAAAGGGUCAGGCAAGACUGAAUGAAGUCUUGGACAAAACAGAAAGCUACUUCCGUUCCCGGGUUACCUCUGAAUUCUUGGUCUCCCAGCCAUUUUGUGGCAAAUGUUGUGUGGCUCGCUAUAAAGGAAAAUGGUCUCGGGUGGAGAUUACAAACCUGCAUGGCAGUAGAGUAGUGGACAUCCUGUUCAUUGACAUCGGUGUUCCAGCAUCUGUGGAGGUGGUAGAACUCCGGGAGAUCCCACCUCUGUACCUCCAGGAGCUGCUCUCCAUUCCACCACAGGCAAUAAAGUGCUGCCUGGCAGAUCUGCCGGUCAGUGUUGGUUCAUGGACCCCAGAUGCAGUGCUCUGGCUGAGAGAUGCUGUGUUGAACUGCAGUGACUGCAGCAUGAAGAUUGUCAAAUGGGAUGAAGCCAAGAGACAGGUGCACAUUUACCUGUUUACGACCAAGAAUUUCUAUGACCAUGAAAGCAGCAUCAAUUUCCAGAUUGCUGACACUGACUUAUGGAAGCACCAGAAAGAUGUCUUCUUGAGCAGUAGCUCUGUGAGUCUGAAGAAAGAAAGUAGCCCAAUCUCUCAGCCCAAGACAGCAAUGCCUGAAGCUGGCGAUUGCCAAAUUGCUGAAAUUUCCCAGCUCCCCCCACUACUGGCUUUGCCACAGCCCGGUCAGAACCUGGAUAUUUACGUUUCGGUUGCUUGCCAUCCUGGAUAUUUCGUCCUGCAGCCCUGGCAGGAUCUGUAUAAACUGGAGGUUCUGAUGGGAGAAAUGAUCCUGUAUUACAAUAAAAUGGAUGCAAAGCCCAUUCACAUUGAAAAGAACCAAAUAUAUGCUGCCAAAGUGGAAAACAACUGGCAUCGUGUACUUGUGAAAGGAAAGCUAAUUAACGACCUGGUAUCUGUAUAUGAGCUGGACUAUGGCCGACAUGAGUUGGUGAACUGCACGAAGGUGCAGCCCCUGAUUGAGGAGUUCAGGCAGUUGCCUUUCCAGGGAGUCACAGCUGAACUUGCUGGAGUGAAACAGAAGCUGUGGUCAGAAGAGGCCUCAAUAGUGUUCCGUAACCAUGUGGAGAAGAAACCACUUGUGGCACAACUGGAUACUGUACAUGAAAGCUCACACCCCUGGGAGAGGAAAGUGGUGGUGUAUUUGGUGGAUACUUCACAUGAAGAAGCUGACAUUUGGAUUCAUGACAUAAUGUAUGAAUUUAUUGAGGAACUUUCCAAAGCUGCAUAAUGCUGUGCAACAGUUGAUGUGAAGAAAAUGUUUGGUACAUUUAUCUAGCACGUGUUAAAACAAAAUUUGUUUAGCCCAGAAAUACUUUUGUUUUUGAGCACUGCUGUUAAUGUUUAAAAGUAGAUACAAAUACAAAAAAAAAGUUCAGAUAUAUAUAUAGUGACAGCAGAUGCUAGAAAUUGGUGGAAAUCCAUGUUAUAAAUGUGGACAUUAAGUAGUUCUAGUUAAUUUUGUAUGGAGGCAUAUAAUUUAUAAAUCCAUUGCAUACAUACAAUCCAAUUUAGACGCUAGUUGACUAAUUGACUUGUAUAAAGAGUUUAACUGAUUUAUCACAAGCAACAAAUGUUUACAAGGUUCAGCAUAUUUAAAAAAAAAAAAAGUUUGAAAAGCACUUUGUUUUGUUUACAGUGUAUUGUUUACUUAAGUUGGAUGCACUGUUAAAUGUGCCAAUAAUAAAUAUGUAGUUUAUUUAGAAAUAGUUAAUUUAAGUAAGCGUGUUGCAUAUUUUCUUAAUGUUCACAGAUUCAUUUAAAGUGGAUGAAAUUGUAGAGUCUACAUUUAAUCAUUUGAUACAAAUUUGCCUGUUCAUACAAUUGUUUAAAAGUAAAAAAAUUGUGUGAUCAAUCCAGUGAUUUAUUUUAAGUCAUUUAAUGCUUGCAAGAUGAUGCAAAUUGGAGUCUCAUGGUAAUUUUAAAAGGGUAAAUAGGCCAUUUAGGCAUCCCCGUGAGAAUUUGAUUCUAUAAAUUGGUAACGUUUUGUUGCUGCAAAAGUUAUGUCUGGGAUUACUUGUUUUAUACCGUUCUAUGUUGAAUUUGAAUUGUCUAUUUCUUAUCUUUCUGGAAGGGUGGUGGUCAAUUCACUGACACACGGGAGACGGUGUACUUGAAACACUGCACAGGUGCCCAGUUUUAUUUAUUUAUUUUU